AUGGCUAAUGAAAUGAAAGGGUCUACUAGGACAAGCGCUCGGCAUAUUCGUGUGAUCUUCAAGCAACAAAAUGAAUACAAGAAAAUUCUCUAUGAGGGGAGAAUUGUAAUUCAAGGACUUGUACUUGACGUCGAUGAAUAUUUACCUCCACCAAAGAUUCUUAUUUGUAUGAAAUGUAAUUUACCUGGUCAUAUUAAGAAAGCCUGUCAGGCUCCUUAUUCUAUAUGUAGACGAUGUGGUCAAGAUAAAGAUAACGGUGAUAACCAUACUGAAUGUGUGAUUCAGUGUCAUCAUUGUCGUGGUAAUCAUAUAUCGACAGAUUAUAAAUGUCCUACAAUAGUUAAUUUUCGGAAAAACCUUUUAGAUAAAUUAAAAAAUAAUGCUGACAAAUUACCAGUACAUGUACGUAUGUUUAUUCCAAUUGACUGUCGAAAGCCCAAUGAUCGUGAUCGAAUUCUAACUUUCUCUCGUUGCGAAUAUUCUGCUCCUCCUAUUACCACUUCAAGCAACUCUUCACAUCCUCCAACUAUGAAUUAUUGGACUAGUCGACAAGAAGUGGCUAAUACAUCUCUGUCAAAGGAAUAUUUGGAUCCGGCAAUUAGAGCAUUUGACAAUGAAUUGAAUAAGAUAAAGAAAGAUUUUGACGAAGAGAAAAAACGAAUCAACAGUCUAUACGAAAAACAAAUUGAAACAGUUAAAAAAGGAUGGCUUAUUCUACAACAGCAAGUCCGGGUACAAAAUGAAUGCUUAGCGUCUAUGCAACAAAUUAUUAGUACUACAACUGAUUGUACGGUCAAUUUAUCAACAACUAAUAAUAUAUUAUGUGAAUUUGUUAAGACUGUUUGUGGAGAUGAACAAAAAGAAUAUAUUGAAAGUAUGAAAAAUUCAAAUGGAGCUACAACGACACAUCUAAAGCAAUUGAAAGACUCUUUUC